AUGCAACCCGCUCCCACAUCCAAGAAUUCCGCUGCGGCAACCCCUCAGCUGCAGUCACCACAUCCGGCGCCUGCUGCGGACAGCUGGUCUUUGGCAUCGCAGCCUCCGGCCGCUGACAUGGUGGACGGCGAGCUGCAGUCACCGCCGCUGUCAGACGCCGUCGAGCUGGACAGUCUGGGACACCGCCGCGUUCGCUUUUCGGAUUCGAUCGGCCUGUCCCUGUCGCGCGCUGUCUUGUUCCGUCGCGAGGACGCUCCGUUGGCAAUCAAUCCAUUCCGGGACCACUUGCCUCCGCUGGUGACGGAUGCCCUGGUUUCACCCAAAAUGGCCAUCGCCGAAGGCUACAAACAACCGGCAUCCGCUCCAGAUUUCGCCGAGCGUGUCCGCUCGAAUCCCAUCCUGCUCGAAAACACGCUCACGCGUCGAGCCAACCUGUACGCAACCGUCAUCGUUCAUAAUCUGGCGUACGACAAGAGCGUCACUGCGCGGUAUUCGACAGACGGCUGGAAAACCUUCAAGGAAGAAGAAGGCGCGUAUGCCAACAGUACGCCGCUCUACGGCAUGAUGUGCGACCGAUUCGUCCUGGUGCUGCGUCUCCCCGAGACUCUCCCACUCAGGAGCCACUGCGAAUUUGCCAUUCGAUAUCGGGCUGGCGGCCAAGAGUAUUGGGACAGCAAUGAGGGCCAAAACUAUCACAUUGACUGGAUUGUCGUUCACUUCCCGAAUGAUGCAACUGUUCCAGUUGUGGUCGAUCUCUCUCAGGCCGAGGUGUCAAAGGCGCCCGUGGACAUUCACAAUAUGGCGCCCGUCAAGCCCAAGUCGCCCAUUCGAUCUGCCAUGCGCGGCUCGCGAGCGGCCUUGCUCGGUCUUGCCCCGACGAGCGCCUCAUCACCAUCAUCUUCCACCCCAUCGUCGACGACCAACACGCCCAAUUCGUCGUCAGCGGAGGCCACAUCGACAGAGCCAUCCACCAUUUCCGAAUCCCUGGGCUCGCCCGAAGUUCAAAUAACUCCCGAGCCGCUGCCGCCACGUCGCUCUCUCUCGUUCAGCGGCGACAACACCAUUUCAACGCUGACGUCCUUCCCCGCAAAUUUCGUUGUGUCGACUGCAAAGGGGCUUUCGUACGUUCCCGAGCCCGGCCAACAACAAUUGGUGCCCGAGCCUCUCCAAUUCUCCUUUGCCGCCUCUCCGCAGCCCCAUACAGAGCUUUUCGACACUCCAUCCCGUCAGUUUGAUCCUGUUGGCGGAGUCGUGCGACGCAUUGCCAAUUUCGCCACUGGCGAGCCUGCGGGGCUGCUGUCCUCCAACAACCCUGGUUCGCUCCAGAGUGGCAGCGCCGUUUUCGCAUCUGCGCCGGUUCCCAAUACGGUGCAGACGCAGGAGGAGGUCUUGCACUCCAACACAUACCUCAAUUCGUUCACUUCAGCAACGCCGGUUCCGGUCUCUCUUGACGCCGCGACCACGGCUCUGCCGCCCGUCUCCGGGCCUGUGAUUGUUCCCGCUGCUGCUUCCGCGCAUCUGGAGAGCAUUCCGACCUCUGGCCUCGAGGCGUAUUAUUGA